AAGCCACAGUCGAUUACCUUUCGCUUCUGGUUUCGUAUUCACUUUUGAUCAUUAUUCCAAGGAGAAGAGAAAAUGGGUAGCAACCAAGCUGCGGUGUCGUUCCUGACGAACCUAGCAAGAGCUGCUUUCGGCUUGGGUGUGGGCGCAACCAUUCUGAAUUCAUCUCUCUACACCGUCGAUGGAGGGGAAAGGGCUGUACUCUUCGAUCGAUUCAGGGGAGUGCUGGAAGAGACGGUGGGUGAGGGUACCCAUUUCUUGAUCCCAUGGCUGCAGAAGCCCUACAUCUUUGAUAUCCGUACUCAUCCCCACACCUUCUCCUCCGUCUCCGGCACCAAGGAUCUCCAGAUGGUUAACCUCACCCUCCGUCUCCUCUCCCGCCCUGAAGUCCCCCGUCUCCCGACUAUUUUCAAGACCCUUGGCGUCGAAUACGACGAGAAGGUCCUCCCUUCCAUCGGCAACGAAGUUCUCAAGGCUGUCGUUGCCCAAUUCAACGCCGAUCAGCUCCUCACAGAGCGUCCCCAUGUCUCCGCCCUCGUUCGUGAAAGCUUGAUUCGCCGCGCCAAGGAUUUUAACAUCGUCCUCGACGACGUCGCCAUCACUCACCUCUCAUAUGGUGCCGAAUUCUCCAGGGCCGUCGAGCAGAAGCAGGUUGCCCAGCAGGAGGCCGAGCGGUCCAAGUUUGUUGUGGCCAAGGCCGAGCAGGAGAGGAGAGCUGCCAUUAUUAGGGCAGAAGGAGAGAGUGAGGCCGCCAAGUUGAUCUCCGAAGCCACUGCAGCUGCUGGGAUGGGCUUGAUUGAGUUGAGGAGAAUCGAGGCGUCCAGGGAGAUUGCUGCCACCUUGGCCAAGACACCCAACGUUGUCUACCUUCCUGGUGGGAAUAACAUGCUUCUUGGUCUCAACCCUUCUUUGACGCCUGGCCGUUGAUCAUGGUUGUUGCCGGAUUCGUUGGAUGAUCCAACCAUGACUCUGCAGCAUUGUUGAGAUUCAUGUUCAUGCUUUGCUUACUCCAUGGAGCUUUCUUGCAAACAUUUGCAGUUGGAACCUUUUGAUCGAUAACAUUUACAGAUUAGAAUUUUGCUAGUGUCAAGAGUUUGUUAAAAUUUGUUCUGGUAAAUGUAAUAAUGUUAACCAUUUUGAAUUCGUGAUAUCCUUUU